UUUAUUUGUUUACAUUUAGGAAAGGUAUUAAAAUAUAUCCAGUUGUUAAAGAAACUUUGCAACGAGCAGAAGUUAACCAAAAUAUAAGCUAUGCAAUCAUUUUUGAAUGCAUUGAAACAAUUAUUAAUCUCCAUCAUGACAAUGAAGAAAUAUUUCAGUUAGCUUUAACAUCUGUUGCAAAGUUAUUGAAAUCAAAGAGAGUUAAUUUAAAAUAUAUGGGAAUAAAAGCACUUGCACAUGUGGCAAAAAAAGUUCAUCCUCAUUUUGCUAAUGAACAUCAAGAAAUUGUUAUGGAAUGUUUACAUCAUCCUGACAUAGCAAUGAGAAUUCAGAUUUUCGGAGAAAUGUGGUGCUAUUGUGAAACAAAAUCCUCCAACAAGACACAAGAAAAUUUAUGUAAAUUAUUAUCAAAAAAUCUCAUAUAUUCAGAAGAAAUACAAUUAUGGAUAUUAUCAGCAAUGAUUAAAGUGAUUUUAAAUUCUGGUUCUGUGUCUGAACAGAUGAAAUCUUUCAUACAAAGGUAUCAAGAGAAUAAAUAUCAACUUAUUCAACAGAAAGUUAAAGAAAUUUUGAGAAUUAUUGAAAACAUUCAAAAUAUUUUGCCAUUAUGUGAACAAAUAAGGAAAGAAAAAAUAGAUCCAACGUUAUCUUUUGUAGAUAGCUUUGUUUGUGAAGCAUUAGAAUCAGGUGCAGCACCUUACAAGCCCGAAAGCAUUCUUAAUUCAUUGCAGGCUCCAACAGAAUCAGAAGCAGACAUUUUACAUACAGAGGAAUUUCAGUUUAAUAUUGAGAAUUCAGAUUCGAGGAGUGAUUCACAAUCUAUUGUUUGUUCUCCAUCUUAUCAUUCUCUUUGUUCUGAGAAUUUUCCAAUGCAAGAAAGUCCUUACAGAAGUGAUCAUGUACGAGCGAAAAUUGUGUGGACUAGAGAGGGAAGAUUAAAAGAAAAAAAUAUGGGAUCUACUAGUAGUUCUAUCGCACCAAGUAAUGAUAAACAGAUGCUUCAAACAACAGCACAAGAAGAAGAAUUAUGUAAAGCCUUAUUUGCUGGAACAACUAACAUGAAUGAAGCAGCUCAAAAGAAAGAAGACAGAAGAUUGAUGUUUAAGAAAUCAUUAAAUGUCAGUGAAGUGAAAGAAAUGGAUGACGUUUCAAGUGAUAUUAAAUAUCACGAUGCUAAAUUAACUGGAUCGGAAGAAGAUAAUUUAAUUGCACAAGUGUUAAGACAGAGAAAAACAGAGGAUUCAUCCGAAUUAUCGGUAAAAAAUGACGAUAAAUCAGUUCAAGAUGGUGACGGUGCCAAAUCUUGAGGAGCUGAUAAAGAAAAAAUGGAUUCAUUUUUCUACCCAGUGAUUUCUUUUUAAUUAUAAUAUAGUAAUUUAUGAACUAUCAAAUAAAAAUUUCAUAAUUGUAAACAAUUUUCAUAAUGUGUGUUAUAUGUGACAACUUUGUCUGAUUUCAUCCAUCGUAGAAUUAAAUGAUCAAAGUAUUUUUAAAAUUGUAUUUGACUUUUAAACUGAAAUUCUUUUUUACAAUUGUAAACUCAUUGAACUUAAUUUCAAUAAAACUAGAAAAUUGCUAAAAAAUUCAUUCUCAAAAUGCUUUUAUUUAGAAUUAUUAUUUUUGUGGCUGUUUAAUAUCUCCCACUUAAGUGUGUGAAGGUUCAGUUCUCUCGAGAAAAAAGUUACUGACGUCAGGCAUCCCGACGUUUCUUAAACGUUAGUCAAUCUAUCGUGGAAUAAUGAAAGGGGAUCCCCAUAGCUCCA